AUGGAUAUCAAUGUUCAAAAUAAAUUCAUCACUGCUUUUCAAGAAAGGAUGAGCUUUUUCAUACCUAGAUUCGAGGACGUAUAUGAAAGAAAAAAUCUAUUAAAGACGGGAUAGAGAUCGAAAAUAUAUCUUUAUUUAAAUAAAAUGAAUGAUACCUAAUAUGUUGUGAAAGAAAUCUGUUUAUAAAGUGAUUAAGAACUCGAGUGGAUUUAGAGAACGAUUGAUUCCUUUUAUAUAAUUGAUUCAUAAAUAUGUAACAAAAAAAAUAUAGUUAAAAGCGAAGGAUUUUAUUAUAAAUUUAAUAAGUCAAAAAUGAAUUCAAAUGCUCAUCAAGCAGGUUUAUGCUAAACUACUAUAGAUUUUUAUUUAGUAUUAGAGAAAUGUGAUGGUUCUCUUGAUGAGCUAUUAAAAAAUUCUUUCUAAAAAAAUUCUUCUACUUUAGAAAAGAUAGAGAGAGCUAGAAAUGAUAGCGGAAAUGUGGUUGGAUUAUAAUAAAAAUAGUAGAAUUCUUAAAUGAUAAGCCUUAAUAUCCCAUUUUCUCAACCAAUACAUAGGAAUAGCAACUUAAAUUCAUUAAAGAAUUAAAUACUACUUAAUUAGGCCACGCAAGCAUCAGCUCGUUAGGAACUUUGUAGUGCUGAUGAUGGAGCUUCAAUUUCUGCAUUAAAAAAAGCUCCAAUCAGACUGUAAGAAUUUGAUUUCUUCAAUUUAUACAGCAAUUUGAAAGAUCUUAUUUUAUAAAUUCACGAACUAGACGGAAGUGCUAUUUUCAUAGACAGCUUCAGUGCUAGUGAUAUUUUUUAUAUUGUAACCAAAAAUAAUGAAAUAGAUUUUAAAUUUUCUAAAAUGACAACUCACAUUAUUGAUUCUAAAAAACAAAUGAGAUUAUUAGCUGAAAUCUUUUUAUAAAUUGGAUUAGUGAAACAAUUUGAAAAUAUUCCAAUAUAAAGCUCGUUAAACUUUGCUAAUUUAAGCAAUAAUUGCCAAUAAAAUCAAUAAUAAUUAUAAUAACAAAUAUAAUAAACUUAGUAAAACUCAUUAAAUCAAUAACAGUAAAGUGGAGGAUAAAUAAUCACAAGCUCUGCAAACAGUAUAUAAGUAAAUAAAAUUAAUUAUACAAAUACUAACCAGCUUAACCUGUAAUAAACUUAAUUAACGAAUGCGAGCCACAAUUAAAUUAAAAGCCCUAACAAUAAUAAUAAUAACACUACUAAAUAUAACAACCCUUAAUAAAAUUAAAUACCUUCUUAAUAGGUAUCGUUUGUUAAUUAAAACUAACAAUUAUUAUCUUCGUCGUUUUCUUUUAAUUAGUAGUACCAAACUAAUUCUUAAAAUACAACUAAUGUGUGUAAUUUACCUAAUAAUUCUUAAAAUAUUUCUUAAAACUCUUCUCCAAGCUCUUAAGUAGUCAAAUAGCAAUAACCUGUUUUCUCUAACUCAGUUAGCUUUAAGGAUGUAGAAUAUAAAAGCCAAAACUAGAAUAGCAACCUCAACCAAAGUUAAUAAAUGCAACAAUCAGGUUCUUUCGCAGUUAUUGCAAGCGGAACUCCCAGCCAAAACAAUUUAAACAGCAACAAUAUUAAUAAUGCUAAUAUGUUAUCCACUAGUUAAAACUAAGAUAAUUUAAUAGAAGAAAAUAAUUAAUUGAAUUACCAAAGACAUACUGAAUUUCUUCUCGAAAACUUAAAAACCCUUUAAAAAAAAUUUGAGAAAGCAGAUAUCAUUACAACAGUUACUAAAUUUUGUAAGCUAAUUUAAAGCAUGAUAACAGGACAAACAACAAAUUAGUGUUAUUAUUAAAUAUUAAAAAUAUACAAUGCUAGAGAAUUUUUCUUUGAAUUCAACUAAUCUAAAUUGUAGCUAAUCAAUCCUUCCACUUAGUCGCUUUCAUAAAGACAUUUUUCAAAUGCAUAAUUUCUAUUUUGCCCUCCUCCUUAUAUUUUGAGGAGCUCAGAAUAGACUAGAGCUCGCAGCCUAAACAACAAUAGCAAUGCAAGUAGCAAUGGCAACAACAUCUAUAGUAUAUACAAUUUCGAAGAUGGGAGCUUCUCAUCUUCUCCAAGUACAAUAAAAAAGAGGAGCACAAUUCAAAGAGCACAGUUAUCAGAUAAUGUUGAUGCCCUAACUACUUAUAUAAAUUCGUUGAAAGACAAUACUUUAGUGACUCUAGUUUAAACAUUCUCUAAUCUAGUUAAUGCUAUAAAAUAAAAGAAAAAGAAAUUAAGAUUCGAAAAAUACUUAACUCUAAAAGAAAUGAGGUUUUUGAAAACAAUAGAGCCAAUGUAUUGCGGAGUAAAUUGCAUAUCAGUUGAUUUUGGAAACUUUUAUUAAGCAGAAGCUAUGCAGCUCACUGGUAGUAGCUUUGAGAGCCUUACAAAUUUAUAGGGACUGGAACUUAAUUUUGACUUCUGGAACGAGGCUGAAGAAGAUUAAUUUAUUUUUAUGAUCCAAAAGCUUUCUAGCCUAACUAAUCUUAGGCUAUUCAGUGCAAGUUUAUCAUACAUAGGGCAAAAAAAUAAUCAUCAUAGUGUUGAUUUUAGCAAAAAUAGUUUUCAAGCCAUUUCAUCAAUGAUAUCUCAAUUACCUGAGCUACUAUGUCUUGAAUUAGAUUUCACUGGUUGGAACACAAUCUAAGAACAAUAAAUAUAAAACCUUAUUUCAGCCAUAAUUAAAUGCAAAAAACUAAUAUAACUUUCUUUGAUUUUUAAUGACAUUGUCAACUCAUAAAAUGCAAAUAUUAGCUCUGGGGCUCUUAUGGAAUUUAACGAGCUUUCCUAACUUCCUGAUUUAUAACAACUUUAGCUAUCUUUCAGAGGUUGGGGAUUAAAUAAAAAAAUAAGUGAAUAAAAUUUACUUGAUUUCAUAUGCGGAAUGGCUCAAUUUCCGGGUCUCCAUACAGGUGUUUAAAUCUCAUUUGAAAAUCUUUUUUAAAACAUGAUGGAAUUAGUUUUAGUGGAUAAGGGAUCAAACUCAGCUAAUCCUUUAAAAAGCAGCUAGAAACUGAAUUCAUAAAACAUACUCUAAGAGAUAUAAAAAUAAUUACCUGACUUGACAGAAAUAAUAAAGCAAACUAAACUGAUAAACAUUUUUUAUGACUAACUUCAAAUUAUGAUACUUUUAUGA